UUAAAUAUAAAUAAAAUAAUGUCUAAAAUACUGGUAGAUCAAUUGUCACACCCACAAAGAGUACGUAUUUUGUAUAAAACAAUAUUACGUUUACACAGAGGUUUACCGGAUGAAUUAAAAGAUUUGGGCGAUAAAUAUGUUAAGGACGAGUUUCGAAGGCAUUUAAAAUGUAAUCCCAUGGAGGCACAAUUAUUCAUGACAGAAUGGGCAAAAUAUGCAGUGACAAUAAGUAAACAAUUGGGUAUACGCGGCAAACCCUUGGGGACGCUUGGAGACGAUUUAGACCAGGAAACGGUGGAAAUGUUAAAAGACGAUCAGGUUGUGCAGUUGUAUGAGUUAAUGUUGGCAGCCAAGGGCAUUGAAGGCGAUGUCAUAACAAAAGAAGAUAUUACCAAUAAAUAA